AUUUAACGUAUUUAAAGAACAUAGGCUCAUAUUAAAAUAACAAUAGAUCACUUUUCUGCUUUGAACAAUAUUCUGCUUUUUUUCCCGCUGAAAACGAAAGCUUUAAGAUCACUUUUCACAGAAAACUACCAAAUGCUCAAACAUUUUCAAGAUGCGCAUAUCUGCCCUUACAUUCUCUCUCUCCAAAACCCUAAUUCACAAAACUCAGUCUCUGGCUCUAUCAACUGAAAUUCCCGCCAAUUUCCAACCAACCAAUUUUACCACAUUUUCUCAGCUGCUAAAGCAACGCCCUCCUCUUCCACACCUGAAGCAAAUCCAUUCCCAAAUUCUUACCCAAUCUUUCUCCUCUAAUCCUCAUUUGAUUUCCUCUCUAAUCCAUUCUUAUCUCGCUUCUCAUCGUCUUAAUUCUGCAAUUUAUUUGUUUGAUAACUACCCUUCUUAUUCCCCACCUCCAACUUUGUUAUGGAAUUUGAUGAUAAGGGCUCAUUCCAAAUUUCAAAAUUGUUUAGAACCCAUCAAGUAUUUGGGUCGAAUGUUGUCGAAUUCGAAUCACGAAUCUUUGAGGGUUUUGCCUGAUGAUUAUACAUUUACAUUUGUAAUUACUUCGUGUUCGCAUCUUGAUUCUUCAUUGUAUGGAGAGAUUGUUCAUGGGAUGGUAAUGAAAUCUGGAUUCGGGCCUGUUUUGUUUGUUGGUAAUUCAUUGAUAAAAUUCUAUUCGGUUUUCGUCAAUUUGGGCGACGCACAAAAGGUGUUUGAUGAAAUGUCUAAGAGGGAUGUUUUCUCAUGGACUAGCCUCCUUGGUGGAUAUGCAAAACAUGGGGAUGUUGAUAAAGCUUGUGACAUUUUUCAUGCCAUGCCAGUUCGCAGUGAUGUAUCGUGGGUAGUUAUGAUUUCGGGUCUUGUUAGUAAUGGAAGGUACAUUGAAGCCCUGGAUUAUUUUCGAGCCAUGUUGAGUGAUAGUAAUAACAUGAACCCUAAUGAAGCCUCCCUUGUUUGUGCUUUAUCAGCAUGUGCUAAUUUGGGAGCUUUUGAUCAAGGGAAUUGGAUUCAUGAUUACAUGGAAAGAAACAAUAUUGUAGAGACUUCAAAUAUCAGCACAGCUUUGAUUGAUAUGUAUGCCAAAUGUGGGAGGAUAGACCGUGCAAUCCGAGUCUUCAACACGAUUUCAAAGCGAGAUGUUCACAAUUUCACCAGCAUGAUUUCUGGGUUGUCAAUUCAUGGUCAUGGAAAGGAUGCUAUGAGGGUUUUCUACCAAAUGUUGGAUGAGGGUGUUAAACCAAAUGACAUUACCAUGCUCGGAGUGUUGAAUGGUUGUAGCCAUUCAGGGCUAGUAGAAGAAGGCACCUCUAUUUUCAAUGAUAUGGUAAAAAAUUCAGCCAUUGUUCCAACGAUUGAACAUUAUGGGUGUUAUGUCGAUUGUCUAGCUCGUUCUGGCCAUUUGGAGAGAGCGUUUGAUGUUGUUAAAACCAUGCCUGUAAAACCUGAUGCUGCUAUAUGGAGAGCUUUGCUUAGUGGAUGCAGAACUCAUCGCAACCUAUGUCUAGGAGAACAGAUUUUGAACCAUGUUCGACAACUUGGUUCAAGUGGCCAUGUUUUGCUGUCAAGUUUAUAUGCUUAUAUGGGUAAAUGGGAUAGUGUUGUUUCAAUGAGGAAGCAAAUGGGUGGUGGGAAAAGGAAUACAUCAGAACUUGGUUGCAGUUGGAUUGAGGUAGAUGGUGUUACACAUGAAUUCCGUGUGGAUGAUCAACUACAUCCCAGAAUUUUGGAGAUUCGAGAAAAACUUGAUGAAAUUUUAGAUAAGGCAAAGCUUGUAGGGUAUAUCAUUAACACAACCCAGGUCACAUUUGACUUGAGUGAGGAAGAUAAAGAACGAGCUGUUUCGUUGCACAGCGAGAAGUUAGCUAUUGCGUUUGGAUUUCUGAGUACUAAACCAGGGACCAUAAUCAGAGUAGUGAAAAACCUCAGGACUUGUGAGGAUUGUCACUUAGCUUUGAAGGCAAUAUCUCUUGUUUUUUACCGAGAAAUCAUUGUUAGAGACCGGUCUCGUUUCCACGCCUUUAAACAUGGGAAAUGCUCUUGUAAUGACUAUUGGUAGUCAUUAGUCAAUGCCCAUAAUAUGAGAUCAUUGCAUAAUCUACAAAGUUUAUAACUUUUGAAGCAUUUUGGAGUGGCAUACUCAUUACAAACAAACCCUUUUCAGCGGAACUAGGACCGAGCUAACCGGAGAUGUGUUUGACCAAAUUUGAAGGCGUGAACACCAUUGAGCCACGCUCAUCAAUCAGGUAAAGAAAAGCAAAGAUUCCUAGCUAUGAUUGCAUGUGCAUGGUCAUCAACUUCAUAUCAUGCUUGUUAACAUCAAUGAUUGCAAUUUUUAGUCAGCUGAUAAUCAUUUAUAUGCUCUUAUUAAUACAUAUAUUCUUCCUAGAGUAUAGGGACAAAUUUUUAUAUGAUAACUCACAAAGAUAUGGUUUUUGUAAUGGAAUAAGAUUAAUUGGCCCACAUCUAGGAUUUUUUGUUUAUCUGCUGUGGGCUAGCUCUUAAAGUAAUCAACCAUUAUGCACCUAAUUGUUCAUGCUUACAAAGUGUUUCAAAUUAGCUGGUUGUGGUUGUCCUUUCUAAAGCGAUGCAUUUUUGUUAACCCACAGCAGAAAGCCAAAGUAAAGCUACGCUUUUUUUUAGCUUUAGAGACCCCGGAAAAACCGAAAACAGUGAGAGAAGUAACGACUUGAACGUUAUGAAUUCGGUUAUGAUGGCUGUUUAGAAGUCAAAAAAUGUACAUAAUAUUCUUAAUUUGCAUAAUAUUCUUAAUUUAGAAUCUCUUAGUUUAUCUAGA